AUGUCCUCCACUCAGCAACAACCUGUACAAGUGCAGACGAUGCCGUUACAUAAACAAUACGAAGAGGCCGGCGAUUCCUACCUCACCACCAAUGUCCUGGAUCUGUUCUCCCUCAAGGGCAGGGUGAUCGCGAUCACCGGAGGAGCACAAGGCAUUGGUCUGGCGCUGGCUUUCGCAUGCGCCGAAGCGGGAGCCAAAGUUGCUGCCAUUGAUGCGAAGGCGGAACCCCACAAAGACUUCCUCAUCCUCGAGAAACAGUGUACUCAGCUGGGAAUGUACCAGUCCGACGUGGCGGAGGUUUCGUGA